AAACAACAUCCGCUUUGAGCGGAAAUACGUAACACCGGAAGUCCUCAUGAUUGCGCGGUCUUUUAGGACAACACACUUCCCACAACACUGCAGAAAUGGCGGGAGCAAACAACAUGGAAAAGAAACUGGCUGAAUUUAAGUGUGACACCAAUGAAGCUGUAUGCUUAAAGCUAAUUCGCUUUCCAGAGGACGUUGAUGAUGAUGGUACUACAUUCCACCCGGAGUACAGCCACCAGAUUUUUGGAGAUGAUGAGGUGGCAUUUGGAUACAAAGGUCUUCAGAUCCAGCUCUUUUACACAGCGGGAAGCCUGACCACUCUUUAUAAAGUCAAGUAUUCCUCCAAAGUCACGGACACAUUUGACUGUGUGGAGCCUGACAAUAUCGAUGGAAAGAUCCGUGAAAUUGUUCCCGCCGGCUUCAUCUGCAACACUGAUGACUUCAUCACGCUGCUGGAGAAGGAAGCGAAUUUCAGGCCCUUCGGCACUUUGUUGCACGUGUACACAGUCCACAACGACGAAGCCGGAGAGCUCACGUAUCAGAUUCACAAGGCCGACUUGAGCUGCUCGGGAUUCCGAGAGUACCACGAGCGCCUGCAGACCUUCCUCAUGUGGUUCAUAGAGACCGCCAGUUUCAUUGACCCAGAUGACGAUCGUUGGGACUUCUUUCUUGUAUUUGAAAAGUACAAUAAAGACGGGGAGACCCUCUACGCAACCAUUGGCUACAUGACAGUUUAUAAUUACUACGCGUAUCCAGACAAAACCCGGCCACGUGUAAGUCAAAUGCUGAUACUGCCUCCGUUCCAAGGAGAAGGUCAUGGAGCGCAACUGUUGGAGGCAGUGCACAGAUUUUAUUCUAGCGUUCCAAAAGUGCAAGACAUCACAGCUGAAGACCCUUCUGAGAGCUACGUGAAGCUGAGGGACUACGUGCUGGUCAAGCUUUGUCAGGGCCUGUCGUCCUUUGCGGAGGACAAACUGCACCAGGGCCUGUCAGCCGAAAUGGUUGAAGAGGCACAAAUGAAACUGAAAAUCAACAAGAAACAUGCAAGAAGAGUGUACGAGAUCCUGCGUCUGAGAGUGACGGACAUGAGCGAUGAAGAGAAAUCAAGGGCGUACCGUUUGGCAGUGAAGAAGAGGCUGUUCGGACCUUACAGGAAGAAUCAGCGGGAGCUAACGAAGAUGACAAAGUGCCUGCGGCUCGAGGAGGUGGUGUCCCAAUUGGGUCAGAUGGACACUCAGAUGCAACACGAGGAGCUGGAGAAGAGCUACCAGGUGGUUUUGCAAGACUACCGGAGAAUCAUCGAGAGGCUGGCGUCGCAGGCCUGAUUAGGAGAGACCACUUGCCAGGAGCCCACCCUCUCAACUGCGUGGUCUGUGUGUCGUGAACUCUCACCGCAACCAAGAAGAGACACUCGUGAAGACGUACAAUCCAAUCACCGUUCUAAUUGCAGAGUGUUUUUACAGUUAGCUGAGUUGUGGGUUGCAGCGGAGAGCAGCCAUUUUGUCUCCCAGCUUGUGUUGGUACACUGGAGGAGUAGUGCAGCUUUGGUGGGGCUUUGCCCCACAUUUGCAGGACCAGUCAUGUUUGUAGAUCUCUCCCUGGAACAUUUGCCCAUUGUCCCACCGUUUUUGCAGCACUUCAAAUAAAAAAAAAUGGUAUUUGUA